AUGAUGCAUUCAGCAUUGGCUUUGUCACUCCUGCUAAUCGCAGUUUCUUCCAACCUCGCGAUGGCAAUCAAAAAGGAAAAAAGAGCUCCCCAGACGCUGUCGAGAGGCUGGGGAGAUGAUAUUACUUGGGUGCAAACCUAUGAAGAAGGGCUUUUUCAAGCAAGAAAAAGUAACAAACCACUGAUGGUCAUUCAUCAUCUGGAGGACUGUCAAUACUGCCAAGCACUCAAGAAGGUUUUUGCAGAAAAUGAGGAAAUACAAGAAAUGGCUCAAAAUAACUUCAUCAUGCUAAACCUCAUGCAUGAAACCACAGAUAAGAACUUGUCACCUGAUGGACAAUAUGUACCUCGAAUCAUGUUUGUAGACCCCUCUCUCACAGUAAGAGCUGAUAUCACUGGAAGAUAUUCUAAUCGACUCUAUACUUACGAACCACAAGACAUACCAUUCUUGAUAGAGAACAUGAAGAAAGCAUUACACCUUAUUCAGACUGAACUGUAACUUGUGGCAGUGAAAUCACCAUAACCUCUACGAGAUGAAAUGGUACAAGGAACCCCUCCACGUUUGAAAUAUACUCAUUAGCUGAUUUGUCUGUAUUAGCAUUUAAACUUUAUAGCAAUCAAUUGUGGUACACAGAAUUUCAUAUGAAAAAAAUAUAUUCCCAGGUAUAUAUAACACUUCUGAAAGUGAACUGAAUGUUUAGAAUGGAUGAACGGAAAUAUUUAAAACAUGUAAAACCUUAGCUGCACAGAUAAAUUCAGGGGGAAUGGUAAAACGAUGCAAAAAAAAAAUUCUUUGAAUUCUAGGUCACUGAUUCAAAUCUGGUCCAGUAAAGCUUGACCAGAAGUUGUAACCCAUCCCAUCUGAUGACUGCUUGGUAGCCUGCGCCAGUUAAUAACCUUUGCUGAGAGGAUCAGAUCAGAAGACAUUUCCUAGAGAGGCUGGAGCAGAAAAGGAUAAUAUGUUCAUUGUAAUUUUUCAAGAGAAGCUCAGUUGGCAGUGUGGGAGUGGCUCGUCUUUGUGUCCAGCAUUCUUCUGUACGACUAUGUGAUUGUUAAAAGCAGAACAUAUACUUUGAUGCUGAAUAUACAACUAAUGCAGCUAAGUGAACAGUUUGGGCUCUGUCAGAUAAAAUUCAGCAACACCUAAAUAAAAGGCCUUUGACUUUGAGCAAAAUAUACUAAUGCAAUGGAUUAGAAGGAAGGAAUUCUCAGCUUCAACAUAAGCUUCAGGGCCAUAACACCCAGACAUAAGAAUGGCCAAACUGGGUCAGA